AUGGCGCGGCGCCUUGCCGUCGUAUUGCUGGCCGUUGCCCAGGGGUCCUCAACCGCGGGCGACCCCGAGCAGCCCAACCGACAUCUGAACGGGGCCGUGCGCCAUCAGCUGGCCAUGGCCACUGCGAUGGCGGCGAAGGAGGGGCUGGCGGCUCCCAGGCCCAACGACACCGCCGGGUGCGUGGAGGCCGUGCGUUUCUACCGCCGGUACGGCAUCGAGUCUGGCAGCGUGGACAUAGUCUACGACGAAGGCUGCCCGGUGGGCCCCUGCUGCUUCGUGGACACGCCGUGCCGCUUCUGCGCGGCCGGCUGCGGUGGCGCGUGCCCGCCCGUGGCCAGGAGCAGCGAGGCGGCCGCCGCGGACGAGCUUUAG